AUGAAUUACCUCAAAGACGGAUAUCAAAAGCUCACAUGCCGCAGUGAUGGUAGCGGAUGGGUUGAUCAGUUCGAAGCGUCAAUCACGACAGCGAUGAGUUGCACACUUGGAUGUAUUCAACGACCGCUUGCAAACGAUAACACUGACCGAAAUACGAAUAAAUGGAAUCUUAACGUGCGAAUAAAUGGCGUUGAAAUGUCAUGUGUUGCCGCAGCCUCUAACCUAACAGUUGACGUAAAAGUCGAAGAGCCUGAUGAACACGGCUUCUAUUGCAAAGUUCCAAGUGAUCAGCUCAUACGCACCAGUCAAAAUGCCAAGGAGGAUAGCUGCACGAAUGCUUGUUUUGCUAUUGAAGAUAUUCCGGAUUCGGUUGUUAUGGAACAGGUUACUUUAUAA